AAACAAUCAAAUUUCUAGGAAUUAUUUCUUACAAACUUCAAGAUUCGUCAUCUUGGACUAAGCUCAGAAAAUCACUACACUUCUCUGCUUCAAGAUCUCUGUUUCAGCCAUUGAUCUUUGCUUUUCAAGGUCAGAUUAUCCGAUUUCGCCACUCCAGGGAGUUUUCCUCUUUUGAUCAAUCGCUUCUUUAUCUACGGUUCCAUCCUUGCUCUGUUUUUCUGGUUCUUGCUGCACUCUGGGGUUUUUGUCUCCGAGAUCUUCAAGAUCUUGGAAGAUUUCUUAAGUGCCUUCUUCUUUAAUUGAACGGCCGUACAUCAGGUUUUUAGGGCCGAAGGUUUUUUUCCCCGGAUUUUUGGCUGUAGGGUUUUUCCGUUUUUGCCAUUUUUGUUGGGUCAGUUAGAGAAUCAAGGUAUGUCGACGUUUCCGAAAGCUGAGUCGAUUUAUAUCCGUGAGGUGUGGAACCAUAACUUGGAGGAAGAGUUUGCUUUAAUACGUGAAGUCGUCGACCAAUUCAACUACAUAGCGAUGGAUACCGAAUUCCCCGGCGUGGUUCUGCGCCCUGUGGGUUCUUUUAAGAAUAUCAACGAGUUUAACUACCGAACCCUCAAAGACAAUGUCGACAUUUUGAAUUUGAUUCAGUUGGGUCUUACCUUUUCCGAAGAGAAUGGGAAUCUUCCAAAAUGUGGUACCGAUAAGUAUUGCAUUUGGCAAUUCAAUUUCCGCGAGUUCAACAUUGCUGAAGAUAUUUAUGCAACUGAUUCGAUUCAGCUUUUGCGCGACUCUGGUAUUGAUUUCAAGAAGAACAAAGAAGAAGGUAUUGAUGUCAACCGCUUCAGUGAGCUUCUCAUGUCAUCCGGGAUUGUCUUAAACGAUAGUGUUUACUGGGUGACGUUCCACAGCGGGUAUGAUUUUGGGUACUUGCUGAAAUUGUUGACUUGCCAAAUCUUACCAGAAACCCAGGAGGAGUUUUUUGAUUUGAUCCAUACGUAUUUCCCAAUGGUUUAUGAUGUCAAGCAUUUGUUGAAGUUUUGCAACAGUAUCUAUGGUGGGCUCAGCAAGGUUGCAGAAACAUUAGAAAUUGAGAGGGUUGGAGUUUGCCAUCAAGCAGGAUCAGAUAGCCUCCUUACUGCCUGUACUUUCAGGAAGUUAAGGGAUACAUUUUUCAGUGGAUCUACACAGAAAUAUGCCGGUGUUUUAUAUGGUCUCGGUGUCGAAAAUGAACCGACUACUGAUUGAAGACACUUACCAAGUAUUUGUAGCAUUGAUGGGUGUCUCUGUAUGAUGUUGUAAAUUAGUGCAGAUAGCAGUUAGUGUUUCAAUAGAACCUUAAUGGCACUCUUUAAGUUAGUGAUCUUGUUUGGUUAGAUGCUAUGCUAUAUGUGCCUUACAAUUCAUUGAAACUGUUAUACGUGAAAGAUAGAUGGAUAAAUACAUAGUAGUGGCAAUAGAGAACAUAUUUCCUCAAAAACUGUGAGCUCUGUGAUUUGAUUUUCUUUGCCUGGCUUGUUGAUGUGAUCCUUUAUCCUCGUACGUGUCGAUGCAGUUUUAUCUUUAUCGAACACUGACAAUUGUCGAUAGAGCCAUUAGCCUUUCUCACUUUUAUGAACAGAGUUCUUGUUUAAGCCUUAUUACUGAGCAAUUCUGGUAGAGAGCUUGUUUGUUUCCUUCUCUAACUGCAUGUAUCUGAGUCUUCCAAGUUUUUUGGAGAAAUAGAUCCCAUGGAACAUUCCAAGAUUCUGUCCAUACAUGUAUUUGAGCGGAGUUUAGAGGUAUCUAAAGUUUUUGUUAUUCUCUUAUUUGGGCGAUGCUUGAUUCGUACUUAUUAUGAACUCGAUGCGGUUGGCUCAAGUUAUCAAUCCAAAACAUGCUUAUCCCAUCCCGUUCUUGUCUGUCCUUGAAUGGCUUUCAGUAAACAGCCUGAGACCUAAGGAAGUUGAAACGGAGGAAUCAUUUUGAAAGCUCGAUCGUUUUCAUGCGAGGGAAAUCGACAUAGUUUCAAGUGUCAAGAAAGCCAAAUACCUGGCGUUUCCCGUCACCGUCUUGAAUCGAGGAAGCUUCAGAUUAUUCUGGCACCUCUGUAGGUAAGCGAGUCGAUUCUUGAAAUGGUGGCGAGGCACGAGCAAGCUGCUACUCCGGGAAUUACCAGGCAAAUCUUCAAACACAUGUUAAGGAAACAUGUAAAUAAAAGUACCAAACUAGACCCAUGUAUGCUUUUCACCUUGCCAAACACAUUCUUAGUUCUAGCGUUCAGAUUUAGCUGAUAAUGAAUGAAUAAAACUGUUCUUAACUUUUGCCAUC